AUGGGUACCUUGGACAGGCUCGCUGGCGGGCUGGCAAGGCAAGGCAAGACGCGGUCACCAGCUCGCCAUCACGCGCUUCAAUGCGUCACGGCCUCAUUCGCCAACGCCGUCAACCUCCCAGGGGUGACCGUGACGGUCGAGCGAGUCCUCGCGGUCCCCAACCGGGGCUCGUACGUAGAGCCCGGCAACUUAGGCUUCCCCCAAACGAUCGACGUGCUCCCCGCGCUGUGCGCCGUGACGGUCCGCGUGACCAACACGAGCGAUGUGCCCACCAAACCGGCAUCUAGCUACCGCGUGGGCCUGUUCCUGCCGGCCGCAAACAACUACAACGGGCGGAUGCUGACGGUCGGCUCGGCGUCGUUCGCGGGCGGGAUCAACUGGCCGGGGAUGGGCGAGGGCCCGCACUACGGCUUCGCGACCGUGUCGACGGACAACGGCCACAAUUCCGCGGGGAGCGACCUGUCGUGGGCGACGCCGGCGCGGCUCUACGACUGGGGCUACCGCGCGCUGCACGGCGCCGUGGUCGUCGGCAAGCUGCUGACGGCGCACUACUACUCCGACACGGAAGUCGCGUACAGCUACUACAGCGGCUGCUCGACGGGCGGCCGCCAGGGCCUGCGCGAGAUGGAGUACGACGCGCGCAGCUUCGACGGCGCGCUGAUCGGCGCGCCGGCGUGGGACACGUCGCACUUGAUGCCGUGGAUCUCGAAAGUCGCGACGUGGCAGCUGGGCAGCAGCGGCGCCGGCAAGCUGAAGGCCGCGCAGCUGAGCAUCCUCGCGGCCGAGGUCCUGCGGCAGUGCGACGCGCAGGACGGCGUCGCCGACGGCAUCGUCAGCGCGCCAGCAAACUGCGCGUUCAAUCUCAGCACGAUAACCUGCGGCGACGCGUCGCGGUGCGUGACGCCCGCGCAGGCGGCCACCGCGCAGCGCAUCUGGGGCGACUACGUCGUCGGCGGGCGGGGCGUGUACGAGGGGUUCGGGCUGAGCUCCGAGGACCAGUGGGCCGUCUACUUUGGCGAUGACAGCACGCUGACGGGGUUUGACUUCGACUACGAGCGGUACUGGGUGUAUAACCGGAGCAGCUACGCGUGGACCGACUACACGGACGGCGCGGUGGCGGACUCGGAGCGCGUCAACGCGGGGCAGGCGACGGCGGACGGCUUCGCGAACCUAGCGGGCUUCGCAGCCGGCGCGGGCGUCGCCGGGCGCCCCGGCAGGAUCGUCAUGUACCACGGGCUGGCGGACGGCUUGAUCUCGCCGCGCACGACGCAGCGCUUCUACAACCGCACCAUCGCCGCCACUGGCAGGACGGCUGACGUGGCACGGUCGUGGUUCAGGUUGUUUGAGGUCCCGGGGAUGCAGCACUGCUGGUUCUCGAACCGGUACAACGCGCCCUGGGACUUUGCCGGGUCUGGCCAGGCGACGCAGCUGCGGCUGCUGCCGACGUUGGGCGUGGGCCUGCCGGCGGUUGGUGAGGGGUGGUCGGUGCCGGGCCACCUCAACGACUCGCGGUACGACGCGCUGGCGGCGCUGGUGCAGUGGGUCGAGGCCGGCCGCGCCGUCGACCAGAUCAUCGCCACUGCGUUCAAUGCCGACUUCUCGGUCAACCGCACCCGCCCGCUGUGUCCGUUCCCGCAGCGCGCCGUCUACGGCAGCGGCAAUGUCAACAGCGCGGCCAGCUGGCGGUGUGCUUGA